CUUACUAUAGACCUACAUGCGGCACUUCAGAUUCCGGGUCAACUCAGCACCAUUUUAUUUAUUUUUUUGCUCUCCCCCCCCCGCCAUGCCUGCCUCAGAAACAAGCGCGAACAAUGCAGUGUAAGGAUUUCAGCUUAGCUGUGGUCGGACGGCGAGCGAGCCCCCACCCUCUAUUCAAAAGAUGGCAGGCAAAUAGAGGUGUGUGUAUAUAUAUAUAUAUACACACGCCUGUAUUUGCCUGCCAUCUUUUAUAUAUAUAAAAGCUACUAGCAAGACGUUAAUAAUCUCAUGCAUUCUGCUUUUUCCUAUCUCUACCAGAGCCUUAUGUUCCCCACCCCCUCAGACGACGACAGCUGCGCGUGCACACAUCUGCCGCAAAGCUCGGAGAAACCCUGCGAUUGGCCGCAUCUGGAGCGCGUGCUUCCUGAUUGCGACGCGGUGGUUAUUUGCUUCGCCUUCACAUGGAGCUGAUUUAGUCAGGUUCGCUCAGGUGUGAGGGAGCCAUCGCUGAUCAGCAGCAGCAAGCAGAAUGGGUGUAUCAUCUCUCUCAAACACUCAAGGCGAAAGGAAAAGCUGCAGCUCAGUGCACAGCUUUGCAUGCAAAAGGUGCCAGGGAGAGCAUGUUAGACAAAUUCACGGAAGAGGAUAGGGCUACGCUGGCCACCGCAGUUGGAGGCAGCAAUGCUUCCAAAUACCAGUUUCUGGGAACCAUAGGAGGGGAGAGUGCGCUUCACGUUGUUGUUGUUGUUAUUAUUUAUUAAAUUUGUAUACUACCCAUUUGUAGUAUUUAUUAAAUUUGUAGUAUUAUUAUUUAUUAAAUUUGUAUACUAUCCACCUCAGGGUGGUUCACAGCACAAAAAGACAAAAUAACACAAAAUGCCUAACGAGAACAAAAACAAACCGAACCAAAAACCUCCCCUACCCACAAACAUGUAUAAAAGGUAGUACAGUGGUACCUCAGGUUACAUACGCUUCAGGUUACACACUCCACUAAGCCAGAAAUAGUGCUUCAGGUUAAGAACUUUGCUACAGGAUAAGAACAGAAAUCGGGCUCCGGUGGCGCGGCAGCAGCAGGAGGCCCUAUUAGCUAAAGUGGUGCUUCAGGUUAAGAACAGUUUCAGGUUAAGAACGGACCUCCAGAACGAAUUAAGUACUUAACCCGAGGUACCACUGUAACAGAAUGUUGUGCUCAGGUUGGGAGUUUUCCACCGUGGUUGGCUGCUGGCCUGAUCCAGGAGGGUUGCUGUUAGGUUCUUAUCUCCAGAUAUAGCUGAGAAACCCUGGAGAGCUCUGGCUGCCAGUCAGAGCUAGCUGGACUGGCAAUCUGACUCAGUAGUACAGGCAGCGUCCUGUGUGUAUAGCUGUCUUAGUGCUUUGCUUCUUUGGUUUUGCUUGACUAAACUGAAUGUGUGAUCUGGCUUCAGUGAACAGCUCUGAGUUUGAAGCAAGGUGAUGUGGUGUUAUCAGUGCUCCCCGCCCCCCCUAGAAAAAUAGGUGCUGGUAUUCACUGUGAAGUUGUUACAUACUUUUUAACAACAAAAAAGAGGUGCCGGUACUGCAUACCCUUGAGCACCCCCUGAAAAGAAGCACUGGGUGUUAUAAAUAUGACAGCCCAUUCACAUAAACUAGUCAUCCUUGCAGUCUAGUGAUGAAUAUAUAAGUGUGUUGUAGGCCCUGAACAGAUUUAUUUAUUUAUUUAUUUUAUAUAUUUUAUUAAGGAUUUUCUUGUUUUACAGAAGUGUAGUGCCUCGUAUUUUUUUUUUCAUGUAACAUUUUUACAAAUCCGUUUCAUUUGUUGAGGCAUUAGGGGGAGAAGAAAAAAAAAAGAAAAAAGAAAGGGGGGGUGGAGAGAGGGAAGAUGGAUAGGGGUGGGGUCGGGUGGCAGUGUUUCUAUUAUGUUUAAUGUAUGUAGAGUUUGGUGUCAGCGUUGCUUGUGUUGUUCACUUGUGUUCCUUUGGUGGUGAGAGAGGUUGGGGUUGGCCUAGGGUGUGAUUGUUUGCUUGUGAUUGGCUGUGGUGAUCUUUGUUUUCGUGUGUGAGUGAGGUCGGUGGGUGUUUUGGAUCAGGUUAGCCAUAUUGAUUUGUAUGCUGUUGGUGGAUUAUUGUCAUUGUCCUGUUGGGCUGUGUAUGUGAUAAAGGGGAGCCAUACCGGGGUGAAGGCGUCUUCUUCUGUUUGUCCCCGUGUCAGUUUCAGUUUAUUAGUUAAUUUUUCUAGUAGGGCUGUUUCCCAUACUAUUUGGUACCAUUGGUCCAUGCCCUGAACAGAUUUAUGACAGAUGCCAUCUUCCAGGAAGAACACAAGCAUGUCACAGGAGUGUAGGAAACUGCCUUAUAUUGUGAGACCAUUAUCUAGCUUUGCAUUGUCAACAUUCACCAGCAAUGGCUGUCCAGCAGUUUUUUUCCAGUCCUACCUGGGAUCUUCUACAUCCAAAGCAGUUGCUCUGCCGCUCAUCACAUGUCUUCAUGUUGCCUACCACCCUGUGUGGCUUGAAAGCUUGUAAGCACUGGAGGAAACAAAACUAGUGAUGUUGCCAUGACAGAAUUAGCUUCAUCUUUGUAAGCUCACCUUACAAUUCAAUCUCCAGCUUCUUUACUCAGAAAUAAGUCCAAUGGAACUCAGUGCAGCUUGCUCCCUAGAAAGUGAAUUUAGGAUUGGGUGGCUACAAUCCUACACACACACACACACACUUUCUGAGUAGACAUGUAUAGGAUUGUGUUGUAUUUCACAAACUAAAAUAAAGGGAGUAAGCUGAUGCCACAUUUCUUCUCCCAAGCCUGAAAUCCAUAACGCUGCAAUCCUAAGACCACUUACUUGGUCAUUCAAACUCAGUGGGACUUAUGGUACUUCUGUAUAAAAUGUAUAGACUUGCCAGAGGAGUAGCUGUGUUGCAGGAAAAAAACAAGAGCCUUGUGCCAGGCAUAAUACAUAUGCAGUCCUAAUCCCUCUUAAGGAGAGUAAGUCCUAUUGAAUUUAGUAGGGCUUACUUCUGAGUAGACAUGGUUAGGAUUGUGCUGCUGGACUCCUUGGUGACACAAGACUCCCUGAUGUAUAGCAGAAGUUCCCAUAAAAUACAAAAUAGAACACACAUAAAAGAGGUUGAUUUUGGCCAUGUACCUUACUAUGGAUUUGGAGCGUGAGCACUUUGGGCCUGAUUUGGGAAAAGGCCACUAAAAUUGUAUCAGGUUUUAUACUAGGUGCGUGUGUGCAGGGGACGGACUUCUCCAUAAAGCGCCACAAGUUUCAAACCAUGUUCCUUAUUUCUGAGAGGUGGCGGGCUGCCCUGUGAUCUCAAAGCGCCCGAGAGUCCCAUUGCCAAAAUCCGUAUAUUGCAAUGCUUAUCAGUUGCCCUGUCGCUUGUGAGGAGGGCCAAGCUGUUGAAUCCUGAACGGCAUCUUCAUUUUUUCCCCAAAGGCUGCAAGCUGCACGCCGCUCCGACCCGGCACGGAAGGGACGUCAGGAAGGAGGAGCAACGCAAGCUGCCAGCCCAGCAUCGCGCGGGGCCACUUGCGAGAGAAAGGGAGAACAACAGAUGCAACAACCCUGCUCUUCGUGUUGUUUUUAAGCCGCCUUCUUCCGCAGAUCGUCUUUCCCUCCCUCCCUCCGGCCCUCCUGGCUGUUUUGGCUUUUCUCCUUUGUGUCUCCAUCCGCGCCUGCCGGUGGCUUCUCGCGCGCGCCUCUCCCGCUGCUCCUCCAGGCCGAUUUGCCGUGGAUCAGGAUGGCCAAGAAGCGCAAGGGGGUCGUGCAGCUGCCGCGGGUGGGCAAGAAGCUCAAGGGAGAAGUUGUAGCCUCCGCCUCCUCCUCCGGUCCUAAAACGCGGCAGCAGCAGCAAGAGGGUGAGUGGGGGGCGGAGGGAUGCAGAAUAACCUUAACCGACAGCCUGUUCCUUGACAGCCUUUGCAGCUAUAGCUUAACCGUGGCUACUCAGAAGUAAGUCCCAUUGAAGUCGACGGGGCUUACUCCCAGGAGUUUGGGUUGCAGCUUUAGAACCAUAGUUGGAAGGGACCAUGUGAGUCUAGUUCUAGUGCAACCCCCUGCCAGGCAGGAAUCCUUUGCCCAAGGUGGGUUUCGAACCCACGACCAUGAGAUUAAGAGCACCGAGCUUUCCUGAAGCUACCAACAGUUCACUGGGCUUGCUCUCCUUUGCGCCUCGCCCACUCCUGGGUUAUGUAAAAAUUAACAGUUUUGCACAUGCUCUAGCUGGAAUUCCAUUGUGAGUGGCCAAAGUUCGGCAGCCUGCUUGUGAAUCAAACUUCUCAUGUUCCUUAUACUACCUUAUACAACUAUGUCACGUGGUUACCAAAAGAGGUUUCCUCCUAGUUGUCUCGUUUAAACACACACACACACAUACAUGAAGAGGUUACCCUUGUUACCUAAACAUGAACAUUUUCCUUAGGAACAGCAAAAGUUCCUGAUGCAUGAUCAAGGUGGAGGGGGGUGUAUUUUGCAUGUUGCAUUGCAUUAUUUGGCAUAACGUUGCGAUUUUAAAUUUGCUAAGCCUGCUUGCCGAUCAGAAGGUCGGCGGUUCAAAUCCCCAUGAGCUCCCGUUGCUUGGUCCCAGCUCCUGCCAACCUAGCAGUUCGAAAGCACGUCAAAGUGCAAGUAGAUAAAUAGGUACCGCUCCGGCAGGAAGGUAAACGGCGUUUCCGUGUGCUGCUCUGGUUCGCCAGAAGCGGCUUAGUCAUGCUGGCCACAUGACCCGAAAGCUGUAUGUCAGCUACCUCGGCCAAUAAAGCAAGAUGAGCACCGCAACCCGAGUCAUCCAUGACUGGACCUAACCAAGUAGUGCAUGAGCAUUAGAAAGGUGGGAUAGAAACUUUUAUAUAAAGUAAAAUAAUUCAGUGAAGUUUUUUGCCACAGUCUUAAGAUUCUGCUUCUGCAAAUAAGCUUGGUGAUAUCCAGCACUGCCUAUCCAUUUGCAGAAUGGCUUUUAACCCAAGGAGGUAUCUGUUAACAUAAGGGAAGGGGAGGCAAUUCCUCAUUUAUACUGUAGCCCCCUGUGACACCCCCGUCUGUUCCAGAUGUUUGGAGAACCCCCCACAUAGUGUGGGAAGCGGCACAGAGACCUACAGCUGAAAAUCACCACUCCCCUUGGUUUAAUGGACUCCUCUGCUAGAUUAAAAAUCAUUCUGCAAAUGGAUAGGCAGCUCUGGAUAUCUCCCCUCCUGUCUUUUUCAUAGAAUUGUAGAGUUAGAAGGGAGCCCAAGGAUCAUUUAGUCCAACCCCCUGCAACGCAGGAAUACGCAGCUGUCCCAUGUUGUUGUAUAACAAAGUCGAAAUAGCAGCAGCAAAAUAAUAACAACAGGUUUAAACUUUGGGUUCAUGGUGCAUCAUAGUAGUGUUGAUUCAAGAUCUAAUGGGAGGAAGAAAUUAUAAAGGUUAAUGGAAAAGACUAUUGGAACCAGUUUGGGUGUUUAAUUCGGAUUAAGCUUGCAUUCCCAUCCCCCACCCUAACAGUUUUUGACCGUCGUCACAUUUUCUUUCCAUACAGAUGAUUUUGAAGAGGAAAAACCCAGUCAGAAGAAAAGGUUGCCCAAAACAGCUUCUGGAAAAAAGAAGGAAAAGGAACAGGAGAGGGAUAUUGUUCAGCCACCCUGCAGAAAUUCGAAUCAGAAAGGACCAAAGCCCAAAGUGAAGGAGGAAAAGAAUAAAGUGGUAGAAAGCAAAGGGUCCUGUAAAAAAAGGGUAAAAUGCAGGUAACUCAAUGUUUAGGGUUUUCAUUGAGAGCUGAUUUAUUUAUUUAUUUCCUGAAUCCGAACAUCCGCUCAUGUCAUCCUUAGGGCAAUGAUACGAUUGACUUCUUUUGGGGGCUUCCUCUUAGCCUUGUCCUCUGAAUCCAUAGAAAACCUGAUGCUGAUGCGUGGGUAAAAUGUUUGGUCUUUGUUUGGGUGUGCACGUAUUUAUUUAUAUGUAAAAUUAAACUACUAGACUUACAUCCAAACCACCGCAAUGUGAAUUAAUCCUCUCUCAGUCCUGGUAUUUCACCUUAACAGACUUGUGGAUGAGAUGCUAAAGAGUAGAUGCAUCUGAUCUCUUUCCUACUUUGGAAGUCGAACCAAAUCCGUUUCUGAAAUCCAUUCGAAUUCCAAAACGUUCAGAAACCAAAGCGCGGCUUCUGAUUGGCUGCAGGAAGCUCCUGCAGCCAAUCGGAAGCCGUGGAAGCCCCGUCGGAUGUUGGGGUUCCAAAGAACGUUCGCAAACCGGAACAAGUCACUUCUGGGUUUGCUGCGUUUGGGAGCUAAAACGUCAGAUUACCAAGGCUUUCAACAACCAAGGUACGACUGUAUUGUUCAUAUUGACGAAGACACACAUAGCUUACUGUGGACAGUUUUGUAUCUUUGAAUCCGCUGUGUAAAUUUCAGUGGGAAGGUGAAUAGGUGCAGGGAUCUUCCUGCAAGGUGAGGUUGGCUCACCUGUGCAGCCUCCUUUGGACUCCAGCUCCUAACAGCCCUAGCCAGUAAAGUUGGUGCCAAGAGAUGAUGGGAGUUGUGUGGUCCUCCUGAUACUGCUCAUCAAGAGUUAACCACUUCUGCUGUGAAAGAGGCCUUGUAAAGAGUCAAGGCUUAAACUUCUGUCAUGUACUGGGGUGGGGGUGAGGAAUUUUGCCUUGUUUUCCCAAUUAAAUUUGAGCAAAUCUACACGAACCUGGAGCAUGUGUGUGAGAGAGGAAGAGAAAUACAGUUUUCUGGGGCCAUCAGAUACACAUUCUCUAGGAAGUCGGUUUCAGGUGCUCACUUAACUAUGCGGGUUGUUUUUCCUUAAACUAGCUAAUGUUCAGAAGAAAUUCCUGGAGGUACAAGCUGUCUGACAAUGGGUUUUCUUCAUUGGAAGGGCUUGGACUAAUAACCUUUGAAGUCCCCUUCAACUCUGUGGUUGUUUCUUUCCCCACAUCCUAGUGGUCUGCAGAACACUCCUCUAAAGAAGGAAACAAACGCAAAAAAAGAAUCUCCCGUCACAAAGAGAAAAAGAGAUGAAGAAGAAGAUGGUGACGAUGAUGAUGAAGAUGAUGAAAGUGAGGAUGAGUGGGAAGAUGUGGAAGGUAAUACAUUUUUUAAAAAUUGCUGUGUAAAUCUUGGUUCCCUUGGUUAUUUUGGUUUAUCAUUAUUUGGACACAUUAUUGUCAUGCCAAAGUCACCCAAGUUUUAUCAAAGCUGAAUUUUGCUCCCCUGUCAAAGUAUCCUCCCAGACUUCCCUACCCUGCAUGUUGCUUAAGCUCCAGUGUUGAGAAGUUUCAGAAGCAGCCCUGAGUUAGAAUUUAACUGCUCGUCAUCUUACUGGACAUUAUUGGAGACACACUAAUUAGACGGGGAUGUUUGCUUCCAGAACUUCAUCAACCUGAGAUAGAGAUACUCAAAGAACUUCCUGCCCCGGCGUUGCCCAACAAAACAGUUGAGAUAGAAAUUGAGACACCCGAGCAGGCGAAGAAAAGAGAGAGAAGGUAAGUUGAGGCCUGUGAGUUUGGUAUUAGCAGGCCUUUGUGGCUGAUUUGCCCUCUGGAGUUCCUGCACCACUGGGAUGAAAAAAGGCUGCCUGGUUGAAGACCUUCUUCUACUGAGGGCCUUGCUUAAGACAUUUCCAUCUCCGGAACUUGGGUGGGUGGCAGGGCCUUUUCCAUUGUGGCACCGGGACUUUAGGGGUGAAUUCAGCAAAGUCACUGUGCGAGCCGAAUGACUUCGGCGCAUGCAACACAGCUUCCACUCCCUUUUCUCCUCUUGCUGCCCCUGACUUCAUCCUCAGAUCUAUUCUGAUGGGUUGGGGGAAAGUCCAGAGCAGAUUUUGCAGGGUAGGGGGAAUUCAGGGGUUGCAGGAGAUGUUAGGUUGCGCAAGCAGAAAUUGCUCCGACCCUUAAGCUAUCUUCAUCAGGUGCCUUUUAGAUGUGAAGUAAAAAUGCUUCUGCUUGCUAAGCUUUUGGUAGCUCUUGGUUGGCAUUUCGUUUGUGGUUUGUGUGUGUGUGUUGGGCAGCUAAAUCCACUUCUUUUUACAGUGCUUACAAGAAAACAAGAAUUAAAAACGUAAUAGGCUGUUCUCUUAUAUUGGUUUGGCAGCCUAAAUUGGUUAGAAAGGCAGAAUAUAAAUACAGGAAAUAAAUUCACACAACCAGUAGCACACACAAACCCAGUUAUGCCUGAGCAGGAAAUAGCAUAGCAUGCAGGAGACAUGAAGCUUCUCUUGACAGCCCCUGCCUACUCCAUUCCCUGGCCUUCCCUUUGUCAGUGUCCCCAAUUGCAUGGAGAGUUCUACUCGCACUCAGGCAAAUGCGAGUAAAAUCCCCCUUUGAACCUUCCCCACUCAACAGAAGGUCAGGAACAGAGAAGGUAGGAGUGACAGGGCUAGCAGGCAGCACCCCGUUUCUCCUCCACGAGGGGAAAUUUCCUGUUCAGGUAGAAUCCCUCAACAGAGCUAUAGUGUAUGUAGCCUCAUGCACACAGUAGCAUAUGAAUGCGCUGUUUUGUUUUCUGGCUUCAGGUUCCUGCUCAGAAGCUGGAAAGUUAGGGCUUGAGAACAUCACUGCAUGGCACUCACCCUUUGGUUUGUUUUGGUCAUCUUGCAGAGAGAAAAGGCAGGUUGAGUUUGAGACGUAUCUGCGGAGAAUGAUGAAGCGCUUCAACAAGGGAGUUCAUGAAGACACACACAAGGUAAUAUGCCUGAAUAGUAAUGUGUUGGAAGAAGGCAGACACUGCAGGGCUCAAGAGUUCUCCUUCCAUUCUGUUACCUUGUUCUGGUACUUGUCAGAAGAGUUUAUUGGGAAUCCUGGCACGUUAGUAUUUCCAAAUAGUAAUUCAGCGUGUUGUUACAAGGACAAGAGCAAUAUUGACACCCCAAGUCAUUCUAGGAGAGCAGGGAUGUAGUUGGUUUAGAAUACAGCAAAUAGGCUUGUGCAUCCCCAUAAACCAUAGCUCAUGGUUUACCAUGAACAUACAGAUGGCUUCUACUUUGCCACUUCCCUGCUUCCCAAGCAGGAGCAACAAAUGGCGGCCCCUGGCUUAAUGUUACAUCUGAACCAGGAAUCGUGGAUAGUUUUACUUCAAACAACCGACAAUGCGAAGUCAAACCAAGACCCCAGUUCGGAUAUAACACUAAACCGGGAUCAGGGUUUGUUACUGUAGAGAAGCAAAGUCAGAGUGAUCUCCGCAAUCACCGUAAACUAUUAACUAUGGUUUACUACGACAUAUGAAUACAGCUAAUGUUGCUCAAAGAACCAAUUUCCCCUCUACAUACAAUGGUUGAAAUCUUGGUACAGCUGUCGUCUGACUGGGCUUAAACUUGCCUAUUUAUGUUUGUUUAAAAACGGUUCUGUGCAGAUUUUCCUUCACCCAAAGUAGCAUGCAAACAACAGAUACAUAUUUAAAAACCACAACCUAAAUGCAAAUGAGCGCAUUUGAACCAUAAGCUGAACAGUUUUUUUUAAAAACUAUACCGGUGCAGUCACAUAAAAAAGAAAAGAAACCACAGGCUGCUGAUAAAUUUAGCAAGCAGACACCAGAUGAGGCAGAUGGGGUUUGUAAAUCUUAUAAAAGGCAGAGACGGAAGAACUUCUUCUGGCCUCAGCCAUGAGGUUGUUCCAUGUCUGGGGCAUUAGUCCAACUGGUGCAUCAGGACUCACUACCAGGUUGCAGCCUGAUCUAAAGUGGAUUGAAACAGCAGCACUACCACCACCAGACAAACAGGCCGAAAAGAUGAAGAAAUGGGUCCCUGGAUGCAUGUUUGGAUUAAAUGUGUGUUCCGGAUCUGAAAAGGACAACUGGUCACAGAAAAGUCCCACAGCCCGUUUUCUGCCCUCGAAAAGUGAAGGUAACCCUAGCAAUGCUCAAAUGUGGGAGCUUAAAAAACAAACAAAAAACAACAACUUAUUUUAAAUAUGUGAGCCCCACUAGUAACUGAAGUUCUCUAGGCCAGCUGACAUUAUAUUCAAAAUACAGUAAAAGAGAUGACCAGGAUGUUGCCCUCACUGGGCAAGGCUUCCUCACCCAGGCAGCUGAUGCUUCUGGAAGCUUCCGUCUCCUGGCAGAAGGUGCCAGAGAACUUUGGGUUAGAAUGGAGGGUCUGCAUUCUUUAUAAGUCUCUCUCUGCACUUCCACUCUUCAAAUGUUCCAAACUGGCAGGCCGCUCCUGAAUUUCUUGGCCGCAGCAGAUCUCAGAGGAAACAGCCUGUCCCCCCACGUUCAGAGUUGCUCACAGAGAGGCGCUUCCUCACACAGGCUGCUGCCAAUAACCUUUCCUGGCUCCCUAGUGGCAGACUUGUGUGUAUUGGUCAGUGCUAGGCCUGUCUUUUGAGGCAUGGAAACAAAACCAGGGAGCCUUAUGUAGCAUGACUAUCCAUUGCCACUUCUCUCUCCUGGGAGCUGCUUCCUUCUCCCAACAGGUCCACCUACUGUGCCUGCUAGCCAAUGGCUUCCAUAGAAACAGGAUCUGCUCUCAGCCGGACCUCCAGGCGAUUGGCCUCUCUAUCAUCCCCACUCAUUUUACUAAAGUGCCUGCGGGCCGCGUAGACCGCCUAUUCCUGUCAAAUCUUGUGAAGUGGUAAGGGGCUUCUCUCUCUUAAUCCAGGUUUGUUUUGUUUUGUUUUGAUGGCGUUGUGCUUUUACAUGUGAUAUAGAGUGGGAAGGGUCCCUGAAGGACAUCCAUCCCAACCCCUUGCGCUCAUGUCAGCUGCAGUUACAGCAGUCCUGACACAUGGUUGUCCGCCUCUGUGUAAAUCACCCAAGUCACCACCACCCAAGUCUCUUACCAUUAGUAAUAAUAAUAAUAAUUUAUACUUCACUCAUCUGGCUGGGUUUCCCCAGGCACUCUGGGUGGCUCCCAACAGAAUAUUAAAAACACAAUAAAACAUCAAACAUUAAAAAUUCCCCUAAACAGGGCUGCCUUCAGAUGUCUUCUAAAAGUCAGAAAGUAGUUUAUUUCCUUGACAUCUGAUGGGAGGGCGUUCCACAGGACAGGCGCCACUACUGAAAAGGGCCUCUGCCUGGUUCCCUGUAAUCUCACUUCUUGCAGGGAGGGAACCACCAGAAGGCCCUCGGCGCUGGACCUCAGUGUCCAGGCUGAACGAUGGGGGUGGAGACGCUCCUUCGGGUAUACUGGGCCGAGACCGUUUAGGGCUUUAAAGGUCAGCACCUACACUUUGCAUUGUACUCAGAAACAUACUGGGAUCCAAUGUAGGUCUUUGAGGACCGGUAUUAUAUGGUCUCGGCAGCCACUCCCAGUCACCAGUCUAGCUGCCGCAUUCUGGAUUAAUUGUAGUUUCCAGGUCACCUUCAAAGGUAGCCCCAUGUAGAGCGCAUUGCAGUAGUCCAAGCGGGAGAUAGCCAGAGCAUGCACCACUCUGGCAAGACAGUCUGUGGGCAGGUAGGGUCUCAGCCUGCAUACCAGAUAGAGCUGAUAAACAGCUGCCCUGGAGACAGAAUUGACCUGCGCCUCCAUGGACAGCUGUGAAUCCAGAAUGACUCCCAGGCUGCGCACUUGGUCCUUCAGGAGCACAGUUAUCCCAUUCAGGACCAGGGAGUCCCUGCGAUGUCCAUCCAUUGGUCCUGAUCCUGCCUUCUGCUUCACUUUCCGGGUGUGACAGCCCUUCAGAGACUUGAAGGUUGUUUGUGGGGGUGAGCUAUUAAGGCGUUAUUAGCCAGGCAAGUAGAAAAAAUAUAUUGUUUCCUUCUUCAAGGUUUGUUGCGACAUUCACUGUCAAUGGGGAGCUCUCUGAUAGCGAAGAAAGUUGGCAGUCCACCCUAGAGAGGCGUUUUGCUGUGUAUGCUGCACGAGAUGAGGAGGAAUUGGUUCAUGUAAGUGACAAGGUGUUUGGGGGCAUGUCAGACUGCUCUCCUAGUAACUGUGCUGGGGGAAGCGUGAAGCCAAUCAGUGGCCCCUUGGAAAAGGGAUGCAGCUUUGUAGUAGCUUUCUUGCAUGCAGAUGCUCCAAAGUUCAGUCUCCAGGUAGGGUUGGGAGAGGAAUUUGUGAAUGCAUAUACCCCCCCCAUGAAGUAGAGGGGAGUCCCUCCCCUUAGUGGAAUGGGUAUCUCCAUGUUUGACGAGCUUCCAUCACCCUCAAGAUACACUCUUAUUUAUUCACCCAGGCUUGUGAUGGAUCUGGUUAGCUGUGCAGAUCUGUGGAUUUUUACGUUUUAACGCUAACCAAUUAUGUAAAUUUCACGAUGCUUUGAUAUUACAGGAUGAUUUGCUGCAUUUUUUUCCAAUGUUGUCAUUUAUAUGGGCAUUGUUAAAUUUUGAUGUUGUGGUUUUGGAAACUGCUUUGUGAUUGAUACACAAAUACUCGAGUAAAAACAAGAAAUGUGCAACCUGUUACUUCCUCCGUCAUUCAUUCGCAUGCGUGGAGAGCCCUCUGCUUUCCUAGUUAACUUACCACUCAGGGUACAUUGGUAGAGAAGCUACGUCGACCCCCAAUGGGCAUAGGGGGCUUCGGCAACCCUCACAGUACAUGGAGAGGAGGUCAAAGUCUCCAGUAUGCCAAUCUGCUGUGCGGAAAGGCUGUUCUGGAUCACUUUUAGACUAGAAAUUUGUUACAAAGUCCUGUGGGUUAAAAUCCUCUGGUUAAAAACAAAGUGGGGUGGAGGGUGGGUGGGAGGGAAAACCUCCAUUCACAUAACUCCAAAUCCAAACUAACGAACAAUAAUAUUUUUCAUUUUUUCAAAUAGAUAUUUUUACUCAUUCUGCGAGCGUUGCAGCUACUUUGCCGCCUUGUGUUGUCUCUGCAGCCGAUUCCUCUGAAAGUGUCGGCGGGAAAGGUUGGUGUGUUUCCAGGAGGGCUCUCAGUGAGAAAAACAUGCAUAGGAUGACUCUGUAAAGCAGCAGUUCUCAAAUAAAUGGGUUAACCCAGGCUUCCUCAACCUCGGAGACUACAAUUCCCAUCAUCCCUGACCACUGGUCCUGCUAGCUAGGGAUCAUGGGAGUUGUAGGCCAAAAACAGCUGGAGGGCCGAGGUUGAGGAAGCCUGGGUUAACCCAAGCAUUCCAGAGAGCUGAAAUACUUGCACAAUAUGACUUUUUCCUAUGCUAAUUAGCGUAACUGUUUAAUGGACAAGAGGUGCAAACAUCAGAGUGUUCACUUUUAAGAUCACUUGUUUAUCUCCCUCACAGCAUGUUGGAAGUACAGUGGUACCUUGGUUCUCAAACGCCUUGGCACUCAAACAACUUGGAACCCAAACACUGCAAACCCAGAAGUAAGUGUUCCGGUUUGCGAACUUUUUUCCAGAAGCCAAACAUGCUCUGUUUUGAGUGCCACAUUUCCAUUUUGAGUGUUACGCUGAGGUCUGUCUGUUUUUGCUAUUUAUUUUGCGUUUUUGUUUUUGCGACUCUUUUUGUUUUGUUUUUGUGACUAUGUGGAACCCAGUUCAGCUACUGAUUGAUUGAUUCUGUGACUGCAGUACAUUGUUUAUUGCUUUCAUUUUAUGAACCAAUGGUCUCGUUUGAUAGUAAAAUUCAUGUUAAAUUGCUGUUUUAGGGGUUGUUUUUAAAAGUCUGGAAUGGAUUAAUCCAUUUUGCAUUACUUUCUAUGGGAAAGCGCGCUUUGGUUUUGGAAUGCUUUGGUUUUGGAAAGGACUUCCGGAACGGAUUAAGUUUGAGAAGCAAGGUACCACUGUAGUACAAAAACACAUUCUGGAAAUGCAGGUCUAGUUUAUGUGUUUGCUCUGUGUAUGCUCCUCAAACAGAAUAGAGAUCAUGAUGUUACGAGCUUGCCCACAAGAGACCCAGUGUGGUGUAGUGGUUAGAGUGUCUGACUAGGAUUUGGGAGACUUGGGUUCGAAUCCCCACGCAGCCAUGAAGCUCAACCAGCCCUCAGCUUAACCUACCUCAGACGGUUGUUCUGUGGAUAAAAGGUGGGAGAAGGCCCAGGCAUGCUACCUUGAGUUCAUUGCAGGAAAGGUAGGAAAUGAGCAUAGUGAAUAAGUAAGAGGCCUAUUGAACAGAGGAGGUGCCUCUGUACACACAUAUAUUUGCUCAGAACUGUCUCCAGUAAGGUACAUGGCAAAAUCUACAGCUUAGUAUCUCCAUAGUAGACUAUGUAGGGCUGUGGGCUCAUCUCUUCCAUAGGGCAAAUUCUACAGGUCUGCUAAUUCAGAGCAAAGCAGCUCUCUUUUACCAACUAAUAUAUUGAGACCAAAACUAUUGGAUCACUGCAGAGUGUUUGUCUCACCUGCCUUGUCUUUUGAUGGCCCAUCGUCCUCUUCUUUCAUUUCCCCCCCAGGGAAAGACCAGCUCCUCCAAGAAGCGCUCUCUCAGUGCAGUUUCCGAGGAAUCAGGUGGCUCUGCCAAAAAGCCUAAACGUGCCUCGAAAAAAUGUGCAGGGCCUGGUAAGGUCAAGCUAGAGGCAGGCCAAGAGAAGGUCCUGUCAGGGAGCCAGGAAGCUGACAGGAAAUCAUCCCCAACAGGAGCCAAAAGGACAGUAAAUAAACCUACUGCACGCAGGAGUGCUGAGGAAGAAAAGGAACCUAGUGUGAGCAACCUGAGGGAAAAGGGAGGGAUGGGGAGGACCAAAAACGACCGCCUACGAAAAGUGGCCUCAAAAGUGUCAUAUAAAGAGGAGAGUGGAAGCGACGACGGCAGGGAUUCUGAAUUCCAUGCUUCAGAGGAAGACGAGGAUGAAAGUAGCAUCUCUGAUGAGGACUUCGAAACUCCCAAGAGGAAACAGAGGUCAUCACUAGGGACCCCGAAAGCAAAAGCAGCUCUUAACAACAGGCGGAAGUCUGGGCCUGCAGUUCUGAAUGUACCCAAGAACUCUCAGACGGUUGAGAGUUCGCUGGGGAAAGCGGCUACCCCAGGCUCUUCAAACCCCUCAAAGAAAAGGAACAAAAUAAUUUCUAGCGAUGAGGAUGAAGGAGGCGAUGUGGGACCAGGUAAACAGAGAGGCACUGACCAGUGGCUGGAGGUUUUUCUCGAACGGGAGGACAAGUGGGUCAGCGUGGACUGCGUCCACGGCACCGUUGGGCAGCCUCUGCUGUGCUUCAGACACGCCACCAAGCCCGUGUGCUACAUCAUCGGCAUUGAUAACGACGGGUGCGUCAAGGACGUGACACAAAGAUAUGACCCGGCGUGGAUGACGUCUACAAGGAAGUGUCGCGUGGAUUCCGAGUGGUGGGAGGACACUUUGGAACCGUACAGAAGCCCUUUUGUGGAGCGAGAGAAGAAGGAAGAAAGGGAGGUAACAGAAGGGAGCUGGCGGGUUUCCUCCUCCAUGAACAAAACUAUGUCCUGGUUGACUAAGAGGUCCUCCACCCUCUCUUGCUACUUCUGAUACCUGGUCUGUGUAAACAUGGUGGGUGUAGAAAUACAUGGGAAGAUGAGUCUAUGAGUCAAGUGCCUUUGGGUUUCAUUAAAUGGCACAAGCUUGGCCUUCGGGAGGAGGGAGAAGGAAAUGGAGGCUACAGGUGUGGCAGGGUUAUCAAGCUAGUACCAACGUAAUUCAGCAAUGUGAGGGUGCGAACAGGAUUUUAGGCCUAGGCUGGUCAUAGCAAUCUAGAGCCAUGGCAGGGUAUGUGAUGAUUUCAUCUGUCUUAAUGAGCAGACAGUCGUUUAGGGUGAGAUUCCUCUAACAAUGCCCCUUCCGCUUGUGCUUGCAGCAGGGCUUCUGGAAUUCUCUGCUUGCUUGAAGAGCGCCUGAGAGCUGGCUCUCACAAACAAAGGAUAUCAGAAGAGCACUGCUGGGUCAGACCAAAAGCCUCUUCGAGUCCAGCGUUAUUUAUAAUUCCGUCAAUUUCUUUCCAUUUAUGAACUGCUUCCUAUAAGACAUCACAAAGCAAUUUAACAACGAAAGCACUUUAAAUCAUUUUGUGUAUACAGUCAUUCCUCAUGUUGCGUCCGCUUCAGGUUACGUGUUUUCGUGUUGCAUCCCGCGGCGACUUGGAAGUACCGGAACUGGUUACUUCUGGGUUUUGCUGCUCGCGCAUGCACAGAAGCACUAAAUCACGCCGCACGUGUGCGCAGACACAGCACUUCAGCUUGCGUCAGUUCUGUGUUAUGGAUGGGCCUCUGGAAUGGAUCCCAUCCGUAACACGAGGUUCCACUGUAACAAGGUUUCCCAAACUUGGGUCUCCAGAAGUUUUGGGGGUUUUUUGGACUACAAUUCCCAUCGUCCCUGAUCACUGGUCCUGCUAGCUAGGGAUGAUGGGAGAUAUAGUCUUAAAAAAGCACCUGGAGACCCAAGUUUGGGUAACCCUGGUGUAUAAGAACAGUUUCACAUCCAAUAGGGAUAACAGCUUUCUGUUCAUCCAGUGAUGAACCAGAUGAUGCCUUUGGAAAGCCUAUAGGUGCCACAGCCCUUUCUGGCUCAUGUUCCCCAGUAACUGAUACUGCCUCUGAUACGGGAGGUGUACACAGCUGUCAUGCCUAGUAGUCAUUGAGUCAGCUUGUCCUCCAUGAAUUUGUUUUUUAAAACCUGUACAAGUUGGUGGCCGCUGUGACAACUAUCUCAUGGAUCUUCUGCUUAUCCUUAGUGGGUCUGUUGCGUAUUCAUUCAUCAGUCGAUGACUCCCAGCUGAGUGUAUGAACGGACUCUAUUAAUAAAAGUAUUCCAUCUGGAGGACGUGGUUUGGUUGAUACAGAAGUUUCGUCAGUGUUGUUAGAGCAGGGAUGAGUCCCUUAUGACCCCUGGAUCAAGUAAUCCUAUGAAAGCUGGCCCUGAUACUGUCUUUAUGUUUGUCCUCCAAAUAAUUGAAGAAUCUGCUUGUGCAGCGUAAACUCUGAAGUCAACCACUUAUGUCAUGUCUCCCAGUUUCUAGUUAAACUUCAAGACCAGCCCCUGCCAACAGCCAUUGGCGAAUACAAGAACCACCCGCUUUAUGCCUUGAAGAGGCAUCUCCUUAAAUACGAAGCCAUCUACCCGGAGACAGCUGCUAUACUAGGGUAUUGCCGUGGGGAGGCUGUGUAUUCCAGGUGAGAGUCAUCUGCCAGGUGUGUAUGGCGUGAAAUGUGACUUCAUGUGGCUACAUUGCUCUGUGGUCAGAUAUCAGAUUUCACAUUGCCAGUACUUUUGUUCACCUUUCUUUUUAAAAAACAAAACAAACCAGGGUCCACAGACAGACAAGGGGUUAGGAUUAGACCUAGCAGAAGUUGAUUGGCUUGGCAGCUGCUGGCCAAGAUUUGUUUCUGAGUUCUGAAUUCAGGUUCCUGAGCGUCCCUGGUUUACAGUAUUUUCUUUCUUUUUUAAGGAAAAAGCACAUUUUCUCACCCUUGUGACUUGAUGGAGUUGCACAUGUAUAGGCAAUUCCUGAUGAACUCCAGGGGUGGGGGAAUCUGUUGGUUGGAAGUUGGGGCUUUUUGUAACCCACAUAGCUUGUUUUCCCUCCCAUGACUCACAGAAAUCAAAUCAUGCAAAACUGUUUGAUCUGUGCAAAUGUACUCGGUUUUAGUGGUUGCAGAAUAUGGGUUGUAUUGGCAGAGAAACGCCCAAUAUACUUAAAAAGAAAAAUGUAUGUGUGUGCUCACAUUGAGAAUAUUUGAGGGUACAGUUCAUUUGGACUUUUUCAGAGACUGUAUCCAUACGCUGCACUCCAAAGACACCUGGCUGAAGCAAGCUCGAGUGGUCAGGAUUGGCGAGGUGCCUUAUAAGGUAAGAUGACAGCAGAUCCACUCCGAGGCUGCAGUUGGGCACCUAUAGCUCAGUAGCAGAAUGAGAGAUGCAUGCACAAGCCCUUAUGAGCUGAAGAAUAGAACAGGCCUGCUGGAUCAAACCAAAGGAUGGAGAACCUGCCGCCCUCCAAAGAUGGUUGGACUACAAUUCCAGUUAGCCCCAAUUAGCAUGGCCUGUGGCCAGGGAUGAUGGAAGUUGUAGUCUAAACCUAAGAUUCCCCAUCCCUGGCCUAUUAACCAGUCACAGUGGCCAGCCCAUGGGAAGCCCACAUGCAAGACUUGGGAACCAAUGGCUCUCUCUUACUUUGGUUCCCCAGGAACUUGUUUUCAGAGCCAUGCUGUCUCCAAUCCUGGAGUUACCGUAUAACCAUCGUAAUUAUUAGCCCCAUCUCAUUUGUAUCCAAUUAAAGCUAAGGACAGGGGAUUUUUUUUUUUACUCAGAGUAGACCCAUUGAAAUGAAUGGACCUGCAUUGGUUAUGGUCAUUAAUUUUAAUGGGUCUAACACUGAGUAAAAGCUAGUUGCAAACAACCCAAAGUAACCAGGUUGGGAAAGACUUGUAUUUGGGAGACCCUGGAGAGAUGAAUUCUGGAUUGCCAUUGCUAUGAAUCAAUAGAGUGCAGCCGUUCUGCAGCCUUGCAGUUUGGUGGUGGCCUGGGAUGUUGCUGCAAGGAAACAGUGAGAGAGCAUUCGCGAGCAGCUUGUGUAUCUUCUUUUCAUGCUUCUGUGUGACAUCAGAAGUGACAGCGGGUGCUUCUCCCUUCUAGUGAGAGAGUGAGCUUCAGGGGCAUACACAAACCUCAGUUUGAGGGGGGAUGAUUAGGUUGACACUGUGAACUUUACAGGCAAGAAGUGGGAACAGAUGAGAAUAUUGGUCUCGUGUUUGUGUUUGCACAGAUGGUUAUAGGCUACUCCAACCAAGCAAGAAAAGCACGAAUGGCAGAACCGGCAAACAGAGACAAAAAGGACUUGCCGCUGUUUGGCCUCUGGCAGACGGAGGAAUACCAGCCUCCUGUUGCCGUGGAUGGAAGGGUAAGCUGGAGGAGAGAUCACACGAUCACCCUGGGAGUGGCUCGGGUGGUGAUUGCACAAGAUGAGGCCUUUUCAGAGGUGGCCCAAGACCCUGGAGCUUCCUCCCUGGGAGAAUUUGAUUCCCCCCUCAUUGCUGAUCUUAUUUAGUCAUCCAGAUCUUUGGGAAUUAAGUUCCUGGGGACCUAACCAUUGUAGAUAUUAGACUGCAGUUUUUGAAGUUUUUGUGUUUUUAGAUUUUUAAUGGUGCUGUGAAAUACUUUGUGAUGAUGGCUUUCUCUGUAUUGCGUACUAUUCUAGGCUUCUAGUUUGGGGCGGGGGGAAAGUUGUACAAAAUGAAAUGAAUUUCACAUUAAUGAAAAUGAAGAAUAAAGGUAAAUUGAGUGGGUACUUUGGUAAAGCUAAAUCUUUCUCUUCUGGGUUGUAUAAUUUAACUGAAAGUUUUGCGUUACAGCUCACGUUCUUGUAAAACACACUCACCCUUGUCAUGUAUCUACUGUUUCGCAUUUUAAUUGGUACUCGUCCUGUGCUUGGCACUUUAGCAAGAACUAAUUUCUGCAUAAAAGUAUUAACAUAAUUGUGUUUUUCUUCCUCUCUCCCCACUUCCUUUUCUUUGUCCCUGUUUUGUUUUCAGGUUCCCCGGAAUGAAUUUGGGAAUGUGUAUCUCUUCCAACCCGGCAUGUUGCCCAUAGGCUGUGUGCAGCUAAAGCUUCCCAACCUCCAUAGAGUGGCGCGUAAAUUGGAUAUUGACUGUGUCCCAGCUGUUACUGGAUUUGAUUUUCAUGGUGGCUACUCACACGCAGUGUACGUCCCACUACUAUUCACUUUAAUCAGGCUUGGGGUGGCCUUCAUCACUUGUUCUUGACAUCUGGUUUGCCAGCGGACAAUAUGCCCUGGAUCUCUUCAUCCUACACGGCUUACCUGCAGUAAUCGUAGCAUUGGCUCAAAUGUAGCUGUCACCUUGCUAUGUCCUUAGCACAAGGGGAGCUGAGCACCUGUUUCUCUUUGUGCUGCCUUCCUUUGUGUUUGCGUCUUUUGUCUUUGAACCCAUGCUGUGCAGACAAUAGGAAAUGGCUUAAGUUAAAUCAGUGGUCCCUAAACUUUUUUGGACCACUGUCCCCUUGGCUCCAUAAAUUCACCUCCCCUGCCCUAUGAAAAACUUUAUUCAGAAUAGCAGUUUCCACAACCCGCUAAGGAAGGCAAUAGCACAUUUAUUCAAAAUCCAGUUUAAUCUGUUUUGUUCAACAAAAUUGACAAACUUGAUCCAGUGAUGACCAGCUUUUCAAAGUUUGGUAGGACAUCUCCAGUGCUUCCCUGCUUGGGAGCCACUGAGCUAAAUGAUUAAAUACUUUUCCAUAGAGGAAACUAGUGAAGUUUAUUUAUUUGAAGUUCCAUAGCUCGGUGUUGGUCCUGCCAACCUAGCAGUUCCAAAGCAUGUCAAAGUGCAAGUAGAUAAAUAGGUACCACUCCGGUGGGAAGGUAAACUGUGUUUCCGUGCGCUGCUCUGGUUCACCAGAAGCGGCUUAGUCAUGCUGGCCACAUGACCUGGAAAACCUCUCUGUGGACAAAUGCUGGCUCCCUCGGCCAGUAAAGCGAGAUGAGAGCCACAACCCCAGAGUCGUUCAAGACUGGACUUAACUGUUAUGGGUCCUUUACCUUUACCUCGGUGGUGGAGUUUUUGAUUUGCAUGCAGGAGUUCCCUGGAUCAGUUUCUGGCAUGUCCCGGUAGAGCUGGGAGAAAAACCCUUGUAUGAGACCCUGGAGAGCUGCUACCAGUUACUGAGCUAAUGGUCUGACUCAGCACACGGCACCUUCCUCUGUUCCUAUUUAUUAUCAUUCUUGUGUCUCACCUUUCAGCCCCUCACGGGAUCCCAGGUAUUUUCUAACCAUUUCCCCCUGUCACUUUGAAAGUGCUGAUAUAAUGGAGCUCAUCAACACUCAAGACAGCAUCCAAUUGGCUAUUUGUCUUCCUAGGAUCAUUUUAAACUUCCCCAGCUCAGUGCACAAAUGACAAGUUCUCGUCAUCUUUUUCUUCGCCAGCACCGAAGGUUAUGUGAUCUGCGAAGAGUACAAAGAAGUGCUUGUUGCAGCGUGGGAGAACGAAGAAGCUGAGAGAGAGAAGAAGGAAAAGGAGGUGAGAAUCACUCUGAGAGUUGGAGCAGCAGGAACUGACACUGCCAGAAAUUGGUAGCGUUACAGAUCUAAUUAAAUAGCUGCUGAUAGUUUCCACAGUGUCUUAUAGCACCUCCUAUCUCGAUAGGUGAUAGCCGGAAACGACAAAUGUUUAAGGAUCUAUUGCACAAAUGGAGUUCCUAUUGAACUUCUCCAUUAGUGUCAUUGUUAGGGAGCACUCGGCAUAUGCAAUCAUUCCUUCAGUUUCUGAUAAUCAGGUGUGGCUGCCAGGGCUUAUGUUGCCAAGACUAAUUCUUCCAUGCACAAGAGGUGGGUUAUCAGUGGGCUUGCAGGAAUCCCAAAAUUUGCAGCAUUUCUUUAAAAAAAACCCUAAAGGGUAGGAACCCCCAAAACAACUAAAGGAGGACUGAGCAUGGCCAGUGACUAUGAAAUGCUCACUUGCAUUUUAGCAUCUGCUUAAUCUGAUACUUAGCCUUAGUUUACAUUUGAUGUUCUCAUUUUCAUAUGAUUGCAUUGGUGUCGAUGCUUAUUUUUCUCUCUCUUGCUAAUCAGCUGCAUUAUUUUGAGUUGCUUGUAUUCUGCUUGUAUUUUAAUCAUUGUUUUUUUACAUUGCAUUGUACGUUGCCUAGAGGCGACUGAUAAAUAUAACCAGCGAAUAUCACAGAUUGUAUAAAUGCCUUUGAUAUCCUCUUUCUUCCCUGUGAGCAGAUGGAGUUCUGUCAAUUACAUGCCAUUCUUUUGUAGAAUGUAAGGCCAGCUAUAAUUGGAUUGGUGUGUGUGUCCAUCUUUUGAUUUCUGAUUGAGUGAAUUUUAAAAAACAGAAGCGGGAGAAGAGAGUCCUGGGGAACUGGAAAUUGCUGACAAAAGGGCUUCUGAUCAAAGAGAGACUGAAGAGACGCUACUCUAUUAAGGUAAUAAAAGGCCUUUAGUCUGUAUUUUUACUGCUAUAAGGGUGUUCCUGCUGACAUUAUUCAGCCUAACAGUAGGCUGUAUUCAAGGUAUACAUACAUAGACUGAGGUCUGUAUGCAGUCCUGUAGGUAAAAAAAGGUAAAGGACCCCUGGACGGUUAAGUCCAAUCAAAGGCGAAUAUGGGGUGCGGCACUCAUCUCGCUUUUCCGGCCGAGGGAACUGGCGUUUGUCCACAUACAGCUUUCUGGGUCUUAUGACCAGCAUGACUAAACCACUUCUGGUGCGAUGGGACACCGCGAUGGAAGCCAGAGCACACAGAAAUGCCAUUUACCUUCCCGCCACAGCGAUACUUAUUUAUCUACUUGCACCGAUGUGCUUUCGAACUGCUAGGUUGGCAGGAGCUGGGACAGAGCAAUGGGAGCUCGCCCCGUCACAGGGAUUCAAACCACUGACCUUCAGAUCAGCAGACCCAAGAGGCUCAGUGGUUUAGACCACAGCGCCACCCACAGUCCUGCACAUAUUUAUUUAGGAGCAAGUCCUACACAAGUGUGGCUUAUUUCUGAGAAGUGAGUAGGAUUGCAGUUUGCUUCAGGCCAUUUGGAUGACGGAGCUCAGCAGUGGCUUAGAUCAAGAUGCUGAAGGCCACUUGACCAAAAUCACCACAAACUGUGUAAAGUUUUGAGAAGGAAGCAGGUGACAGUAAGUUAAUUCUACAACAGCUGACGGGAAGGGAAAUCAAUCUUCCUUAACUUCAGAAAUGGGGAGAUCUGAACUGAGCUCCCCCCGCCCCUUUCUUCACACAUGCACCCACCUUCUGGGAUGUUACAGGUAAGAAUAAAUUGCCGUAAAGAGUUGUGGGAAUUGUGAAACCAACGCAAUUAAGGCUUUGGGGUUUUUAAAUCAGCCAUGCUUAGCUGGCAACCAAUACACAGAUUUUACUGUUUUAAUAACUUCAGAAUGUAUAGUGGGUUAGGGGUGUGUUUAAUUGCUCUAACGAUGCUGAAAUGCACAGUGGCUCCUUUGGUUUAGUUGUUGUGGGAAAGGGCAUAGCCUUCCACAGAAGGAAGCAGGUUGAUAUGGGACAAGUGAUAACGAGAGCACAUUCUUCUCACCUUCAGGGUUUUUUGCCUGAAGUCAUGCCAGCGGCAAAAUCCUGAAAAGUAUUGCCUUGUACUUCAGUGAUUCCACUUUCUUGUCAAUGCAAUUGUCCAAGAUCAUCAUCUAAACAUUGGAAUUUGGUCUAGAUGUUUUUGCACAGCCAGUUGAAACUCCUUUGCAAAUGAGGUUCUCUUCACAGCAGCAGUUAACAUCCCACCAUUUGUUGGCUUUUACUUGUUUGUGAACCAUCUUGGUGUUCCUUCUCAAAAUGAACGGCAGUACAUACAUUCUUUUACUAGUAACAAUUGCUUCUCUUCCAGAAUGAGGCAGCAGGAGCAAUGGUGACUCCAGGAGGCGGGUUCUCCUCUGAUGAGGAUGAAGGAGGCGGAGAACCAAGCUCAGAGACACCAGCUGGGGAUGUGGACGUUUCUUGGCCCCAAAAUCGGCAACUGGAACAAGAGAGGGAGGGAGGGAAAAGGACCAGAAAGAGCAAGAGGGAAAAGAAAGGAGAAGCAAAAUACUUGUUCCCAUUUGAGAAGCUGUAACUGGAAGCAGCCACUGUGGCAAAGAAAAGAAGAGUCUUCAUAAAGAGACCAACUUGUAAAUAGCUUCAGAUUUAGGAAAUAAUAUAUUUUUUUAUUUGCUGCAAGAUGGAGAUUUGAGUUUUGACUCAAUAUGUUAAGAGAGCAAUUGUUUGAUUGUGUGUGAAAAUACUUCUGGUGAGAAUAAAUCAGGGAGUUCAUAGGAACCUUUAUAAGUCUUGGCCAUAGAAUACACAUUUUACUCCAUUUGCGGUUGCAAAUGUGGAUUGUGCCAAGUUGGCUAAAAGAGCUUAGAAUUAGAUAUGUUUUUAUUACCCUCUCUUCAGAGGAGCGAGCCUUGCUCCUUUGUAUUUGUCGAGUUACGGGGAACAGGCUGGUUUAGACCAGUUGUGGGGGAUUCUGUGACCCUCCAGAAGUAGCUGGGACUACAAAUCCCAUCAUCCUUGGCCCCUGGCCUUGCUGGCUGGAGUUGUAGUCCAGCACGUUCCCCACCUCUAUCUUAGGUGCUGUCAAUCAGAUGCUUUGCGAAUGCUGUUUCCCGUUGAACAUUUUUGCAAUUCCUUGGUUUCCCCGCGGUUAGCAGUGUCUCUCUCACUGUCCUCAUCCCUUCUGUUUGUCUGAAAGACGAUUUACAUGGUAGCUAUAAAGGUCCCAAGUAUGUCAUCAAUGGCUUGAAGGUGGUGAUGUCCUUUGCUUGUAAAGAGUUUAAAAAUUUUUGGCUUCAGGAAAAGGUGCAGGCCAUCCACAUUUUGGGCACAGUCCCCCGUGAAAUUUUCCAGGACAAACAACAGAAGCAAGUGGAGAGUGUCAGAAAAAAACAUUGCUUGUGCUCUUGCACAUUUCCCCACUUAUUUCUAGAGAGCUUGUGCAAGAGACACAAAUGGGAACCUUUUUGCUAGUUAAAAAAGUACUAUAGGAGCUUUGGGUAGGGGAACUUCUCAAUAAUCAUUUAGUUUUUGUCUCUCUUCCUUCUGCAUCCUCAUAAAUAAGCCUCAUUAUAAGCCAUGUCUGUUUUGAGCACUGAACUAAAGUUACGAUGGCUCCAGUCUGAAAUGGUCUGAGUGAGCACAUUCUAAACAGAACUGACAUAUAAGAAUGUAUGCUUGCAUUCUGCUGUUACUUAAUGGAUCACUGUACAAUGAUUUGUUUGCCUCUUCUAUAGAGUGCUUUCACUUAUACACACUUUUUGCUACAAAAGAAAUGUUAAUGAUACCACUUGACACAGCUUUAAAAAUUACACAUUUUUACUGGACUGAAAAUUUUUGCAUUUUUGUUUUAACUCUCUUGGACUAGUAUUUAGCACUUUAAAAAUAUUCAGGAAAAAAUAUUUUUGUACUGAAUCCUUAGUUUAAAAUAAAAGCUUUAAUAUUAUUUU